ACUUUCAGCCAUAAGAGACAACACGGUAGCUUUCUUUCCUGUAGGUGUUGGACACGUCUCAACUACUCAGUGCAAUCAGGCCAGGCCUAAGCCCGCCUCUCUCUCUCUCUCUCUCUCUCUCUCUGCUAGUCCCUCCCCUUUCCUGUCUAGCUACUUCCAUCGGAAGUUGGAAGAAAUAACUUCUGUUUCUUUGAGCUUUCAAGCAUGACCAUGUCUCUUAAGCUUGGGUCUCUACCAUUAUUGGGAGGCAAUGUGGCCAAAAAAUGUGCGAGUUUAAAGGCUAGCAAGCAUAAAGUUUUUGAUGUUGAUGGAGCUGGUGAUGCCGAGUUUCCUUCAUUUCUUCCAAAAGAGGUAGAGAGAAUCAAAGACCCAUUUGCCAGAUCUUUGGCUAAAAGAAUAGAGAGGUUACCUGUGCAGAUUGGAUAUUCUAAAAGUUGUAUCAUGAGUAGUUGUGUUAAACCACUCAUCAGACAAAGCAAUAAGACCACCCCAGUGGUUCUUCUGCAUUGCUUUGACAGUUCUUGUUUGGAAUGGAGAUGCACACUUCCCUUACUCGAGGAGGCUGGUUUGGAAGCCUGGGCUAUUGAUGUUCUAGGGUGGGGCUUCUCUGAUUUAGAAACUCGUCCACCAUGUGACAUGGCAUCCAAGCGUGAUCACCUUUAUCAGCUUUGGAAGUCUCACAUCAGACGGCCAAUGAUAUUAGUUGGACCUAGUCUUGGCGCCUCUGUUGCAAUUGAUUUUACAGUCCGUUAUCCAGAAGCUGUUGAGAAGCUGGUUUUGAUCAACCCAAGUGUGUAUGCUGAAGGCACGGGACAUCUUGCAAAGUUACCAGAAUCGGUAGCCUAUGCUGGGGUUUCUUUGUUAAAGAGCCUCCCAUUACGUCUUUAUGCAAAUAUGUUGGCCUUCAAUAACAUUCCAUUCCUUACAAUCUUGGACUGGACUAAUGUUGGCCGAUUACAUUGUUUGCUACCAUGGUGGAAAGAUGCAACUGUCAGUUUCAUGUUAAGUGGGGGCUAUAAUGUUAUUUCCCAGAUAAAACAGGUAAAGCACAAAACCCUUAUCAUAUGUGGUGAGAAAGAUCAGAUUGUGAGCUACAAGCUUGUAGUGAAAUUGCACUCUGAACUAUCUAAUGCAAUUAUUCGAGAAGUAUAUGACUCCGGCCAUCUCCCUCAUGUGGAUAAUCCCAAAUGGGUUGCGAAAUUGAUUGCUAAUUUUGCUGAAGAUGACGCUGGUGUUGAUGCCAAGAGCCCAUUUUGCUUGGCUCAGGUGACGGCUUCACGCGGAUAGAAUGGUUCAUGGUAGUGUGGGGCAUGUAAUGAUGAAAUAGUUACCCUCAGAGUGGACUGUUUGCCAGUAGAAUUGCGUCCUUAGAUGUUGUCGAACUUUUUAUGGACUUCUACUUUAUCCCAACGCAAUAUUUACUGUGUUUCA